AAAGUAAGGUGUAAAAUACGCUAAAAAGCUCAACUUUAGAUAUAUAUAACUUUUGACCUGUAGAUUAUUAAAAUUAAGACUUACAUUUUUAGAUUCUAUGCAUUGAAAACUAUCAUAAUAUAUAAUAAAAGUCAAUAAUUUUAUGUUCUCUAAACUGAAAUAAAGCCAAAGUAAAUUUGAAACGAGUAUCUGAAAUAAGUAUCGAAAUAUUUUUAAAUUAGAGAUUUAGUUUAGUUUAUUUUUCUUCCUUCGGGUCAGUAAUUGAAAAAAGCAUAACACUGAAAAGAACUUCUUGCCUUUAUCUUUUGGCAUCUCUUCCUUCUUUUUUUUGGUAUCUUUUUACCCUUUUUCUUUGUCUUUGGUUGAUUUAUAGUUUUAAGUGGCUUCCGAAUCAUCAUAAACCGCGUUAAAAAUAAGCACAAUACAACUACGAAGAAAUGGAGUUGCAGAAGUGCCAGUUGAAAAUCGACCGGAAUUCGGAUUCAAACUGCGGUGAAGGGCCGAGAAGUGAAGAGUGAGAGCUACUCGGUUACGAGUUACGAAUCCAAAGCUCCAGCCUCUGCCCAGUUCCAGCUAACCGUGUUAGCACGGUUCUUUUAAUUUAUAUGUUGUUUUUGUAAAAACAUUUGACAUGAAAUGAAAUAAAUAACAUUGUUGGAAUUUUUAUUCUUUUUAAUUAGAUUGUAAAAAAUUGGCAAAAGGAAAAAUAUAGUAAAUAAUAAACUCUUUUGUUUAAUUUAUUCUCACAUUAUGUACUUCCUAAAUUCUUUCUACUGCUAGGUAAAGAUGAAAGUUGUAGUAAAUCUCCCCACCUUUCGAGUGCCGACGCCGACAUUAAACUUUACAGAUCACUUCUUCAAGAAAAUGAUUUAAUUAAACAAGAUAUAGUAUAUAAGUUAUUGUAUAAACAGAGAGGAAAUACUAAAGAUUUAACAACAGUUUUCUUGGUAAAUCUGCCUUGAAAACAUUUUCACUAUAUAAAUCUUCAUAAUUGGUUUUAAAAGAAAUGGAUGAAGGAAAUUCUAAGACUGUGUCAUUGAAAUCACAAUGUAAAUAUAUUGAUCAAAUGUUUUCUUCAGAAAAUGUGAAAGAUGAUAAUGAACAUGAUUGGUGGGCAAGUGAUAGUGGAUCAAGUACUGGUUCAUACUAUUCAGAUACAGAUAGUUCCACAGCAGAAUGGGAAUCAGAAAUUAACCCUAACGGAGAACUAAUUUAUAUAGAAUCUCUAGUAGACAAUAUAAAUGAUGAACAAUUUUCAUUCAAUGAAACAAAACUUGAUUCUCAGCCAGAAUUGAUACGACGACGUAGUACUAGAGCUGGAAAACUUAUGCGACUUAUAAGACGUAAGGAGAGUAAACGUUUGAGCACAAGAAAUAAAAAAGGCAAUUUCAAUAUCACAGUAAACAAUAUUGGAAAUUCGGGAAAAGAUGGAACUACAAUUAAAGAAGUCACUUUUAGAGAUUUUCAAGCAGGUGAAAUUCGCGAAGUUAUACUAUGGGUUGAUCCAGAUAGACGACAUAAACUGGGAAGAAGAGCCACAUUGUGUGAAGCAUAUUUUGGAAUUAUCCCAGGUGUUUUUUCAGACAAAACACGUAUCAUGGUUGCUGGAUUUAUACCAGAUGGAGAAGCAAUGAAAAAUAAAAAUAUUAAAAUUGGAGAUUGGCUACGAAGUGUGAAUUCAAAUAAUGUUACAUAUCAAAAUUUGGAUCACAUAUUAUCUGAAAUAACUGUUUCAACAAAUGUAACAUUAGAAUUACAAAGAGUUGCAGGUGUUGAUGUUACAGCAACAUUGUCUGGAUUAAAUUGUCCUAAACAAUCUGUAUUGGUACAAAGACUGUUGAAUAAAGAGGAAAGUAAAGAUUUAAUGCAUUCAAUAGUAGAUUAUCCACUUGGUGUAUUAUAUCUACAAACCACAGAACUUUCAGAAGUGGGACCUGAACUACAAGGUGUUUUAUAUGCAUUUCCUCGGUCCGAAAGCAAAAAUAUGCAUUCUAUUUUGUGCACAGCAAGAGGAGCUUUUAUAACCCUUAAUCAUUUACUACCAGGAAUUGGAGGCCUACAACCUACAAGUACAACAAUACAGAUAGCAGAAGAGGAAAUUCAUGUUGUAUACACACCUCGAAAUGAUGAACUAUUUUUAAUGGCAUUACCAAAAAAAUGUUGUAGCCUUGAAGAAGCUGUCAAUUUAUCAUGUGAUAUAGUGAGAACAUUAGAAUUUGCAUAUCAGUCACUGAAAAAAUGUUUCACACCUGAAGAAACUCAUUCUUCUUUAGAUCAUUUCUUUAUUUUAGUUAUUGAACGAUUGUUAGACAUAAAGAGUUAUGCAAACAAUGCAGGAUUAACCACCUCAUGUAUGGAGAUUCAUAAUGAUAUUGAAAGUAUGGAAAGUUACAAAUUUACAAGCACCUUUUCAGUUGCAAAUUUUAUAGAGUUAUCAAGAGAUGCACAAAUUCAAAUUGAUGCAGCUUUAAGUGAAAUGGAAGCCAUGGAUUACAGAGAUUGGAAUGAAGAUCCUAUGGACUGUCAAAGGUUAUAUACAAUUUUGGGUAGUUGUAUUUAUCAUAAACAUUAUCUUCUUGGAUCUCAUUUAGCACACAGUGAUUUAAUUGAAGUAGAAUCUUAUCUUAGGCAAAAUUGUAUUUUAAAUUUGAUAAAUAAUGAACCUGUAAAGAGUCUUGUUAUUUGGAAAAAAGUAUAUCCUUCUUCAUGUAAUCGUAACGAUAUAGAAAACAAAAAUAAUCAACCAUUUGUUCUCAAUGGAAAAUGGUACUUACUCGUUGUUGGUUAUGGACAUGAUUUAUUAGCAGUUCUUCUAGAAUCUGGUGGAUGUACUGCAAAAUGCAGCGAAACUAUAGGUCCAGAUAUAUUUUAUGUAGAAGAAGCUCAGGAGACUUUAAAGCAUAUACAAAAAAUAGGGGUAACAACAUUAGCAGCUAAAUGGAUUUCAUCAAAUACUAGACCUGAAGUAAUAACUUAUGAAGAUCCUGUGCCUGUAAAACCAUCAUCUAGUAUUGCUGAGAAUAUUUUAGGUCUCAUAAAAUCAACAGAUGUGCAAAAUUUAUCUGUCAAACCACCUCAUACUUUAAGUAUUAACAAAAGAUCUCAAGAAAUACCUUCAAUUCUAAAAAAACGUAAUACAGAAGAAUGUCCUGUAAUUUUAGGAUCAGUAUACUCUUUGCAUACGUCAGAGGAUUCAUUAAGUCAAGGAACUGGUGGAAUUAGUGAAAUAAGCGAUGAAGCAUUGCCUAUAUUAGGAAGACGAGCAACAAGAGAGAAAAUUGUUAGUAGAUCAAGAUAUUCUGAUGAUAGCGAUUCUGAUCUUGAUGUGUAUAAGAAUGAUUGUCGAAUGUUAAAUAUGGACAUAUCUAAUAUAAGAGAAAAUUUAUUAAAUCAAGCUGAAUAUUUAGUACCAAAAGUAUUGACAGUGGGUGAUAAGAAUUAUUUAUAUCAUUAUAUACACUUGGACAUGAUUGAAGGAAUUCUUCUAUCCUCAAACCCACUAGAACAUUUAGCAAAAAAUCCUAAUUUCCUUAUUAAUUUUAAUAAAUGUGUUCAUAUUAUUCAUAAAUUGCUACAUAAUACAGUAAGAUUUAAAACUAUGUUAAACUCAGAUGUGGACAAAACUGUCAUUAAUAAGAGUUUAAUUGCUGUUAAGGAGCAUGGAGUGUUAUUUGAAUGGGAAAAUUUAACUUAUUGGGUUGUUGGUCGAUUAUAUACAACUCCCCAUCCAAAGGAGUUGUAUGUAUGUUAUCAGGAUUCUGCACCACAAAAUUUAAUUGAAAUAGCAUUUAAAUUACAUUCAUUACACACGCUAACAUAAGUUUUAGUCCUUUUAAAAUAUCUUCAUUUCUUAAAAUUUUAAAAAAUCAAUAACAUUUUACUAUUUUAUUAAUGUUAAAUAUUUGAUUUAAAAAAGACAAAUUUUUUCUUCUUUAGAUAUUUUAAUUGUUUUUUUAUUCAUAUAUCUUAAGAGAUUUUAAAAAAUAUAGAGCAUUAAAUACUUUUAUUUUUUAUAAUUAUGCAACAUUUAUAAAAUAUGAUAUUACAUGUACAUUUAUAUCAUUUAUAUAAGUUUGCACAAAAUAUUAAUCAUUAUAAUCAUUAUAUUAUACAACAUUAUAUAUUAUAUAUGCUUAAAAUUCAUGUUACAUUGUAAUUUUUAUAUACAGUUUAAUAAAUAUUCUUAAUAACUCAAUGAUAAGAUAUACAAAUA